UUUAUGUUCCGAUGCUGCUUCUGUACCAACACCAGGAGUAAGUGGAUUUACAGGGUCUGACUACAUGACUCCCAUCUCCCUCCUUUACUCAGCACACAGUGGCAGCUCCAGAUCAUUCCCUUGAGAUGGUUUCCUGAGCAGCUUCAGCGCUGAUCACCGAGAAACAGUUCCGGGUCAUGACUGCGCUUCCCUCCAACGCCAACGUUUCCUUGAGCUGGGCACUUCAGCUGGCGGCCACAGGCUUCCCGCACAACCUGUCGUCCCAACAUGCGCGGUCCCUGCCGCCGCUGUGCACGGAAUGCUGCUGUGGGUUUCUCAAUCGGAUGUUGGCGGUGGCUUUCAUGGUCGUCCUGGCUUUUGCCAUCGUGGUGGGAAAUGUUGUCACCCUCACCGUGUUCGUGCAGACAAGGCAGUCCAGGACGCCGCAGGGCUACCUCAAAGUGUCCCUGGCUGCGGCAGACAUGAUGGUUGGUGUCCUGGUCGUUCCCUUCUCUGUCUUCACUGAGGUCUCCAUGAUGGUGAAUGGCACCCCUCCAAACUGGUACCAGGGCGGAUCUACCUCCCCGUUCCCAUUAACCUCAGCAGAGAGUCCCUGGCAGCCGUGUAUGCUGAUCGGACCGGUGUUUGCCGGAUGCACCUUUGUUUCCAUCAGCACCAUUUUCCUCAUGACUGUGGAGCGGAGCAUCGCCAUCCUGCGGCCGCUGCACAAGGACACCUUGGUGACCAGAAGGCGGACCUUGAUUCUCAUCGUCCUGUCCUGGACUUCUAGCUUCCUGCUGGCACUCUCACCCCUCAUCUUCAGCACCAAUUUCACCCUGGAGUACAAUGAAUGCAGCCGCAUGUGCAACUACACACCACUGCUGUUCGGCGGCCAGUUGCCACCAGACGCCUACAUUUUGUUAUUAUUCCCCACAUUUGACUUCGUACUCCUGGGAGGCACGUUAGGGGUAAACAUUUUGUCCUUCACUAGCAUCAGGCGCUAUUCUCAGAAGCGCAAACUCCUCUCAGAGGGAAGUCUGAGCGAUGGAGGAGCGGGAGGUUGCGCUCACAGACCCUCGUUUUCGGACAUCAAAGCCGCGAAGACCAUCGGGAUAUUGACCUUUGCCUUCACGGCGUCCUUCUCCCCUAUUGCCGUGUUUGUGCUGGGAAACGUGGUGGGAUACACCUGGUGCAACUUCUCCUUUGUUGCCUUCUGGAUUCUAACCGGAAACAGCUGCUGUAACGUGAUCAUCUACAGCGUCCGGGACCAUCGCUUCAGGAAAGGGGUGAGUCUGCUCUUUCAGAGGGAACAGUCUCCCCCGCAGAGUGACAAGCCCUGAGCCACAUAGUCAACUGCCGUCUGUCCGCAGAGCUUGUGCACACGCCUCCGUUUCAGGGACCAAUGGUGCUGCCAGCCAGUGAUGGACCCCUCAUGGAACAUUCUAACCAACACACAGAGACCCAAUACUUGAGUUUCAACAUUGAUUCGAAUAUCUGGAACAUUUAAAGUGGUCGCUUUACUAUAGUAUUUUACUGAGGCUGCUUUUCAAGGCCGCCUUCUCUCACCGAAGCUUUCAAAUGGACAAAACAAUAUUUCAUUAUUUGGCACGUAUUUCCUCUUAAACAUCUCUCCGCCAGUAGCAAGCAGCUACAGUGAAAUAUUUUACGCAUGUUGUGUGAGAAAGAGGGAAAUAGAAGCCAACAUGAGACCAACCAUUCCUUUUUUUUUUUUUUAAAUUAAGCGAAGAAGUGUUAUUCAAACCCCACCGGUGGUCAUAUUUAAUUGAAGAUGGAGGUGCUGCCCUCCUGGCUCAGGUUGCAGCAGCUGCUGUGAGGACGGUGAACUCUCUGGCUUCUGAACCUCUCAGUAUUAAAUUCACUUGACGUUAUUAUGGGCUUAACAUUUUCCAUAAAUCAUAUAUAUAUAUAUAUAUAUAUAUAUAUAUAUAUAUAUGAGGUGUAUAGUAAUAACACAAACAGCACCAGUGGUUAAGAACACUAUGAAACAGAGCACAGAGGCAGGUUUUCCACUGCUGUGAUGAGCAGAGAGUGAUGGACUGCUUGACUGAAACACUCAGGACGACACAGACCGACAAAAUGUGAGUUCCAUUUAAACGUUCAGGGACGUUCAAUUUCAACCGCUCAAUGGUGUCAGCAUGAUUUUUUUCCCAACCAGCCUGAGAAAUCAGGUGCAUUUGUUUUCUUAAACAGCGAUAUGUUGCUUUUAAAGAAUGAAUUGUUGAACAAGUGACAGUGACAUUGAAAUGAAGACUUUAAAAAAGUUGCAGUGUGAUAUAUAUUUUUUUGCCUUUUGAAAUUAAUGUGCUCAAAUGUUACUGAACUGAAAAGAAAAUAAUGUCUGUGUAAUGCUGUCACUACAGAGUGGUGUUCAUUUGAAAGAAGAAUAUGCGAA